GCCAUGUUCCAAGGGCAGCGGGGUUGGUUCUCUCGCAGCGUUAAGCCAAAGCUGAGGCAGUUCUGGGUGGCCGAAGGGGGCACAAUCUGUGACCUGAGGGCCGCGGACUUCCUGUUCAGCUGUGACGCCUCACACCCAGACACGUUGAGAAUAUAUCAGAGCCUUGAUUACAUAGAAGAUAAUGCUACCGUUUUUCAUGCCUCCUAUCUCUCUGCAGUAGCUAAUGCUGAAAUAAAAAACUCAGUGGCUUUAGGUCAUUUCGUUCUUCCUCCUGCCUGCCUGCAAGAAGAUAUUAGAAGAAAAAUUGGCAAUUUUAUUUGGGAACAAGGCCAGCAUUCUUCAGCAGAAAAGCGUAAUGAAGUAACACCAAGUAGAACAAAGACCAGUAAGGAAAACAGUGAGCUAACAACAAAGCACAAUGAAGAAUUAUCCAAAAGCACAGAAAUGCAUCUUAAAAAGACUCCAGUUGUUGAGAAGCAGAUGUAUUUCCCUCUUCAGAAUUAUCCAGUGAACAACAUGGUAACAGGCUAUGUAUCAGUUGAUACCAUGAAGAAAUUCCUUGGAGAGCUACAUGACUUCAUUCCGGGAAGCUCGGGAUAUUUAGCAUACCAUGUUCAAAAUGAAAUUAACAUAUCUGAUAUAAAAAACAAAUUGAAUAGGAAAUACUAA